UGUUUUCUUGUCGUCCUUCAUCUAGGUCACUUUCUGUUGACAAACUUGCUGCUGGACAAGCUGAAGGCCUCGGCCCCUUCGCGCAUCAUCAACUUGUCCUCCCUGGCUCAUGUUGCUGGGCACAUAGACUUUGAUGACUUGAAUUGGAAGACAAAAAAGUAUGACACCAAGGCGGCCUACUGCCAGAGCAAGUUGGCUGUUGUCCUCUUCACCAAGGAGCUGAGCCGCCGGCUGCAAGGCACAGGUGUGACGGUCAAUGCUCUGCACCCCGGUGUGGCCAGGACAGAGCUGGGCAGACAUACAGACAUGCACAACUCUGCCUUCUCCAGCUUCACACUUGGGCCCUUCUUCUGGCUGCUGUUCAAGAGUCCCCAGUUGGCGGCCCAGCCCAGCACAUACCUGGCAGUGGCAGAGGAACUGGAGAGCGUUUCUGGGAAGUACUUUGAUGGACUCAGAGAGAAGGCUCCGUCUCCUGAGGCUGAAGAUGAGGAAGUAGCCCGGAGACUUUGGGCUGAAAGUGCUAACUUGGUGGGCUUGGACAUGGCUCAUGGGUCCCCUGGAAGGGGACAGUCCCUCCCCAGAUAACCUUCAAAGAUCCAGAUGGAACUGUAUUACCAAGGCCGCUGGCUGCCAUGCCCUCAUCCUCUGGGGCACUGUUGGCAUUGUUACUCUCAAGACCAUGGUUGUUGGCUGCCAUGCACUCAUCAUCCUCUAGGGGCAGUAUUGGGACUGUUAGACUCCCAAGACCAUGGCUGCUGGCUGCCAUGCUCUCAUCUUCCUCUAGAGGCAGUGUUGGCACUGUCAGAAUCUUAUGACUAUAGCUGUUGGCUGCCAUGCCUUUAUCAUCCUCUAGGGGCAGUGUUGGGACUGUUUGACUCCCAAGACCAUGGAUGCUGGCUGCCAUGCUCUCAUCUUCCUUUAGGUGGCAAUGUUGGUCCUUUUUUGUUAGCUGACCACAUUCAGUUGGACCACAGCUGAGCAUUGAUGGGGUAUGUGUGGUGGUGGCAGGUAUAAUGUACUCUGAUGAUUUCUGGGGAGUGGGUCUAUCAGGCGUCUCUCUUGGGAAUGAUUUUGGGCAAUGUUCAAAGGUAGCUGUGGUGGUGACUGAUUGAUCCACUGUUAAAGAGCGGGUAAUCAGACAAAUAUGGCCAGUCAGUCAUAGUUUUUUUGUGGGCCUUUGCACACUUCUGUCUCCUCUAAGAGUUGGCUAUUGUUUCAAAAGCAACUUGGGAGCAAAAGGGCUUACUUUAGCUUACAGGAUAUAGUGCAUCAUGGAGGAGGGACGCCACGGCAGGAACUCAAAGCAAGAGCUUGACGCAGAUACCAGGCUUACACUCAGAUAACUGUCUUUUAUUUUCAUCAUUAUUAUUUCUUUUACACAGAGAGUCUUACUCUGUAACUCUGGCUUUCCUGGAGCUUGCCCAGGAUGGCCUUGAGCUCACAGAGAUCUGCCUGCUGGGAUUAAAGACGUGUUGUCAUGCCUGAGUCAGGUGCCAGCCUAGGCCUACCUGCCCAGGAAUGGGACCACCUACAGUGGGCUUGUCCCUUCUACACCAAUUAGCAAGCAAGAAAUGUCCCACGGACAUUCACCCAGGGCAUUCUUGUCCAAGCAAUUCUCCGGUUGAGGAUCCCUUCCUCUUCUGGGUGUGUCAAGUUGAUAAUCAAAGGAACCAGGAUGGCUCUUGAUUGUAAACAGCCGUGGGUAACUGCUACCUCAUGGGAUGGUGUGGGCAUUAAGCUCUUGUCUGGCUCAGUAAAGGACAGCUACGGACCUAGUGUCCUGGCUGAGGUGCUGGGAUUCGGUGGAGACCCUGGCCUUCACCACCGGAAUGGAGUGAAAAGCUUCUAGCUGCUGCCUCUGAGGACCAGCAUCACCUGAGAUCAUGAUCUCUCCAAUUCUUUUUUUUAAAAUAUUUAUUUAUUAUGUAUACAAUAUUCUGUCUGUGUGUACGCCUGCAGACCAGAAGAGGGCACCAGACCCCAUUACAGAUGGUUGUGAGCCACCAUGUGGUUGCUGAGAAUUGAACUCAGGACCUUUGGAAGAGCAGGCAAUGCUCUUAACCUCUGAGCCAUCUCUCCAGCCCCGAUCUCUCCAAUUCUUAUGAUAAUUUUAACCUUAGAUUCUCAAGCUUUCUGUAUGAUUAUAAUAACUUGCUGGGUGUAGUAACACCAGCACUUAAGAGGUAGAGGCAGGAGGAUCGAGCAUUCAAGGUCAUCCUCUGCCAGCCUGGGCUAUACAAGAUCCUGUCAAAACAAGUCAAAACAGUGAAAUCUCCAAAUGUAGCUGAGUCAUAGAUUUAAAAAAAAACAAACAUUUUCUUAGUGUGUAUGUGUAUGUGCAUGUGCACAGGUAUGCCCUUGAGUGUCUGCCUUCAGUGCGGAGUUCAUUCAGAGGACAACUUGUGGGAAUUGUUCUUGUCUUGUGAGUCUUGGGGAUACAACUCAGUUUGUCCAGCCUUGUGACAAAGACCUUCACCUCUGAACAUAUCACCACAUGACCCUGAACCUGAGUCAUAGGUUUUAUUUUAUCCAUUGUAUAUGGAAUUUAUUUCACACACAACUUGAAUAUUUAUUCCUUUUAAGAAACCGACUUUUAAGUUACUGAGGCAGUGAAGCAAGCUGCUGCUGACUCUGUAGUGGUGGAAGGUGCAGCUCACCAUAUGGCAGGGAUCACUGAGGUUGGGCUGUCUUAGGGAACUUCUGCUUCAGAAAUGGGACACUCAGCUGGGAUGUAGAAUUUCCGGACCAUCAAAAAGGUCAGUAGAUAGCUGGGAAGUACACACCUUUGAUCCCAGCACUUGGGAGACAGAGGCAGGCAGAUCGCUGAGUUUGAGGUCAGCCUGGUCUACAGAGCUAGUUGCAGAACAGCCAAGGCUACAUAAGGAAAGCUCAGUAGACCACUGGGUACUUAGAGCAGGACUGGCCUAGAAUUGUCACUUGCCAAGUGACUGCAGAGCCCAGCCAACCACGUAGCACCUGCU